UAAAGUUAAGCCGUUUAAUGUCAAAUUCUAUAUUUUGCCUGUUAGUAUGACCCUUAAAGUUUAAUGUGGCAAGUAGAAUUUUUAUUCUUGUGUGACUUCAACAGCGGUCGAACAGGUAAAACGGUACGAUGAACGAAUACGCGGAAGCCAUCUCGUUCGCGAAUUGCUACUUCGCUCUGGUCGACGGUCUCGCUUCCGGUUUGGACAGCCACCUGGCCGAGAACGUGGUCCUGGAUUGGUUCGGCAGAACGGUCACCGGCAGGCGAAACGUGACUGCUUUCAUGGAAGCCCACAAGGUGAACAGUAGGCACAUGUUUCGAACCAUCAUGCCUUGUACCAGUAUCGGUUACCAACGGAAACCUUCGAAUCGGAAAAGAGUGUGUUCGUAUCGAAAUGACAAAGAAUCGUUUAAUACCGAUAACGAAGACGGUCGUCUUGAAGGUCAGACAGUUUUCCAAGAAACGUGCAUGUCGGCGGCGGAUGACGUCAUCACGGAUAUUAAUCAGAACGAAAUCGAUCCGAAAAAAAUCACCGCGAUGGACAUCGACAAGAUGUCUUACUGCCUGGACGAGGGUGAUCUCAGCAAUCUUUUCAAACUCGAGAUCUCGUCGACCAACAUAGAGGAGAUCGAGCAGAGCAUUAAUAGGAUAAAAUUGGAAGAGGAAAUGGCACCAACCGUCAAAGCCAUCAAGAGAGAGCGCGGUCAAGGAGAUGGGCCUGUUGUCGUUGAAACCAGCUCGGUUAAGUACGUCGAGGCUGACGGCGAGAUAGAAUUCUCGCGGAGAGUUUGGAAACAAGGUGCCUGGAACGCGUAUAUCUCGGCCAGAUCGAACGUUCACACUUGGAGACGGUCGUGCAAACUGCAAAUUGCGUAUUCCACGUUAACGGACCAACCAACCUUGGAGCCGUCUCGUAAAAGCAGAAACAGCGCGACGCUCUACGACCAGCCGAAAGCCAGACUGUUCAGCCUAGGGGAGAUCAACGAGAUCACCAAUCGACUGGUACCGAACACGAACGAUUUCGGUGGUUUCCUGAAGGACGUCGACUUCUUCGAGGAUCGCAAAGACUUUCUGGCGAGCUUGGGCACGGAGAUUGCGAUCAAAGAUCCUCUUAACCCCGUGCUCAAACCUCAUUACGUGAGGAACAAGCUUGUGUUCGACAAACCCUGCGUGAACCAUGACGAUCAGAACGAUCGCAAUAAGAAAAAGUUCGUCUUCAACUAUCAGAUCCAUCUGAUCAUAUACGAGGGCACCAACAAGUGUAAGGUGAAUCUGUUACCGGAUUUCGAAGAAACGAAAAUGUCGAAGGAGACAAAGAUAGAAGAGGCGAAUUAGAUUCACUUCUAGUCACGGGUGUCGUUGAUACAAUCAGAAGACUGAUUAGAAUCCAAUUCUUUUUUUUUUUUUUAAUUAUAUAUUGUCAGGAAAUGCAUU